AUGCUGGAAGCCAUCUACGACGAGAUCGAGAUCGAGGACUUCACCUUCGACCCCGUCACCCAGUUGUUCCAGUACCCGUGCCCCUGCGGCGACCGGUUCGCCGUGCUGAUCGACGACUUGCUCGACGGCGAGGACAUCGCGGUGUGCCCGCUGUGCUCGCUCAUGGUGCGCGUCAUCUUCGAGCCCGAGGAUUUAAAAGAGUACCAGGACGAGCUUUAA